GGCUCGAGCACGCCCCUGGUUCAGAUGCGGCGCCCUGGCCCCGGCACGAUGGAGACCGCGGCGGCGCGGCGACGGCGGCAGCGGGCGGCUGCCUCCGCCCGCGUUGCCGGCGAUGCGGGCGGCGCGGGCGCCGCGGGCGCCGCUGGCGCCGCGGGCGCCCCUGGCCCUGUGGGCGCCGCGGGUGCCGCCGGGGCUGCUGGCACCGCGUGCGCCGCAGUUCUGCUGGCGCUGCCGGGGCUGCCGGCGCCGCGGGCGCCGCGGGCGCCGCGUGCGCUGCUGGCGCUGCGGGCGCUGCCGGCGCCGCGGGCGCCGCGGGCUCGUCGUGCGCCGCGGGCGCUUUGGGCGCCGCGAGCGCCACGGGCGCCGCGGGCGCCGCGGGUGUCGCUUGCUGUGGUGGCGCCGCCCGCGCUGCCGGCGCCGUUGGCGCGGGGCUGCCGGCGCCGCGGGCGCCGCGGGCGCGUCGUGCGAUGCGGGCGUCGCGGGCGCUGCCAGCGCCGCGGGCGCCGCGGGUGCCUCGUGCGCCGCGGGCGCCGCUGGUGCCGCUGGCCUUGCUGGCGCCGCGUUCGUCGCUGGCGCUUCGGCGCUGCGGGCGCUGCGGUCGCCGUGGGCACCGCGGGCGCCGCGGGUGCCGCUUGCGUUGUUGACGCCGCGUUUGUCGCUGGCGUUUCUGGCGCUGCGGGCGCCGUUGUCGCCGUGGGCAGGGCGCGGCCAGCGCCGCCUCGGCCGCCGCGGACGCUGCUGCGGCGGCGAGGGCGGCGGCGACCGCCGCCCUCGCCCAGGCGGCGGCAGCUGCGGCCCGCUCGGCGGCCCGGCCGAGCGCGUCACCUGGCCUGGGGCAUGUAUUCCACCAUCAUCACGGACUUCAGCAGGACGAACGUGAGCAGCACCGUGGACUCCACCAACAGGGUCGUGCACAGCAUGACUAGCCCCAGCAGCACCGUCAUGAGCAAUACGAUGUACUUCAGCAGCACGCGGGUGGGGCUCAGAAAUCUGGGAGGGGCGAAGAGUAAGGUUACUUCGAUCCGCAUUGCUCUGACCAAUCUCGGCCGGGCGGGAGCGCCCCGGACUUUGCGGGGCAUGGCGAGCUUGCCCUGCGCCGCCCUGUCGCUAGAAGCCGCUUUGCGCCGCCGCGGCCUGCGUCGCCCGACCGCGACAGUCCGGAUCAGUCCGGGCCUGGUCGCGCGCGGCGGCACCGGGCGGACGCGCGGGGGCGAAGAGAGCCCCGCGACCGAACUGGCCCAGCGCCCCCAGUGGGCGAGAUGCGAGGACGGCGCCGUCGACUACCCGGCAGGCGCGGGCGUUCCGGCAAACUCGCCGGCAUUUCCCUGGCCCGCGCCGGCCAGUGAGACCGCGGGGCCGCCGGCCACGGCCGAGGGCGCAGACGAAUUGGACAGCCGCGCGCGUAGCUCGUGCAGCUGCAGCGCGCGAGCAGAGGUUGCGAUCGAAUUCCGGUGCUCCCAUGCCAAUGCGCGGGAGGCAGCUGGCUGGCACUCGCGCCUCGCCAGCCUCGGCGGGCCCGACUGGCCAGUCGCGGGCCUCGGUCG